GUGGGGAGGGAGAAGAAAGGGGAGGAAAACGGGGAAAGGCAGAUACAACAGAAAAGGGGGGAGGACGGUGGAUGAUUUACGCUUUAAAAGUUGCAGUACAACAGAUUUAAGAGUUGCGGCGAAGAGGAAUAAAACAAGAUGAUAACGCCCUACUUCCUAGAGAAUUUCUGGGGGGAAAAAAAUAAUGGCUUUGAUGUGCUCUACCAUAACAUGAAGCAUGGUCAAAUUUCCUCCAAGGAGCUGACAGACUUCAUCAGAGAAAGGAGUGCUAUUGAAGAGGCCUAUGCCAGGUCAAUGACCAAACUUGCCAAGUCAGCUGGCAACUUUUCUCAGCUUGGGACGUUUGCUCCGGUCUGGGAUGUGUUCAAGAGCUCGACAGAGAAGCUGGCCAGCUGUCACAUGGAGCUAGUGAGGAAACUACAGGAGCUUAUAAAAGAGGUUCAGAAGUACGUGGAGGAGCAGGCCAAAGCACACAAAAAGACAAAAGAAGAGGUGGCGUCCACCCUGGAGGCCGUCCAGAACAUCCAGACCACAUCUCAGGCCCUGCAGAAGUCCAAGGAGAUCUACAAUGCCAAAACUGUGGAGCAGGAGCGCCUCCGCAAAGAGGGGGCCACCCAGAGAGAUGUGGACAAGGCUGGAGUGAAAGCCAAAAAAGCCACAGAGACCUACAAGUCAUAUGUGGAGAAGUACGCCACAGCGAAGUCAGAGUUUGAACAGAAGAUGGCAGAAACUGCACAGAAAUUCCAAGACAUUGAAGAAAGCCACAUUCUCCACAUGAAGGAGAUCAUUCAGUCAUACUCACAGUCUGUUGAUGAAACGCACAUUCAAAUAGGAGAGCUCCAUAAUGAAUUUGUGAGGAACAUUGAAAACACCUCAGUGGAGAGUUUAAUACAGAAACUGGCUGAGAGCAAAGGAACGGGAAAGGAGAGACCAGGACCCAUUGAGUUUGAGGAGUGCAAUACAGCUAUUGCUACUGAAGGUGCUAAACCCAGAAAGCGAAAACCGUUCGGCAUCCCAGGUCGUAGGAAAGACAAGGACACAGACUCGACGGAAUCUACAGAAGUUGAAGCUGCUAACACUGCCAAUGGCGCUCCCCCCGGAUACUAUGGGGCCAUAGACAUCCAGAAUGCUCAUGAGACAGAAGAGAGACAAACAUGGUUGAAACCAACUACAGGUAAAAGUCAACAGAAUGUCCCGCAGGUCGAUGCGGAGGGUUUCUGUAUCAGACCAGAAGUAAAUGAAAACGAUGCCAAAGAGAAUUCCUUCUAUUCGUCCAGCGACUCAGAGGAUGAAGAUGAACCCAGGAAGUUCCAUGUAGAAAUCAAGCCCGUUCAGCCAAACAACGGCACGCACCAGAACAGAGCCACCAUUGACGAGCUCAAAGCCUCCAUUGGAAACAUCAUCCUGUCGCCCUCGACCUCGGGACAGAUGCGAAGGAACCAGUCCAGGAUCACAGGAGUAUCCACAUUAAGCUCUAAGGCUAAGGGUCCUGGUGACGAACUGGCAAAACCCAGAGUGCCAACAUCGUACGAACUUAACAACGACCUUCUGUCUCUGGACCCGUUCAGCCCGACUCUCGCAGCAGGCUCCUCCUCCUCUGUGUCAUCAUCAACAGCUCCUUCAGCUGAGCCGGUGACACAAAGGGAGCGCACUCCUCCCUUGGCAGAGAGCCAACCAUCCAAAGAUGCCUCCUCUUUCUCUUCGUCCACAUCCUCCCCCUGGGACUCGCCAGAAAACGCUUUCCAAGCACUCAAACCCGUACCGGCGCGGGCCCAGAGCGCCCCCAUCACCCUGCCGACUGAGCCAGUCGACCCCAUCAAAAGCCCGGUCGCCGGCAGCCCUCCAAAGAGCGUCGACUCCUUCUCCUCUGUGUCCUGGUCCCAGAGCCAGUGGAUCGCUUUCAGUGAUAAUUUUGCUCCAGCUCGCCGUCAGGGCUCAGGGCCGAGUGUGAAGGAGCUCCAGAGGCUGCAGUCCGGCCCCGGCAGAUCAAGCCGCUUCCUCUCUGAUGACUCUGCUGACGCCUACUGCAAAGCACCGGGCAGCAGAGAGGACGGCAGCUCCGGUCUCCCUGAUGUCUUCGCUGGAAUUACAGAUAGGGCGAUGGCUGCAGCUCAAUCAAGCAAAGUAUUCAAUGUGCCGGUACCAAACCGACCUACGACCCCGCUGACAGCUGGAGCCCUGGUGCCCCCACCACGACCCUCCUCCAGGCCCAAACUCCCCACUGGAAAACUCACAGGAAUCAAUGAGAUUGUUCGGCCGUUCAGCCCACCCAAAACAUCCAACGCCAGUCCUCCUCCCAGUGCACCACUCGCCCGGGCAGAGAGCUCCUCCUCCUUGUCAUCGAACGCCUCACUCAGCGCUGGCAACACCCCCACCGUCGGAGCUGAGCUCACCUUUGCUCACCCCCUCUCCUCCCCAGAGCCAGAGCUGCUCUCCCUCUCUCCUUUCUUUCUCCUAAGCCAAAAGGAUGAUGUGUUCAUAGCGAAGCUGCCUACCUUUGAGAAGCGGUGUGAAACACCAGCAGGGACGUCUCGCGGUCCCAGCCCUGUGACCCUGGCAUCCCAGGAUGCUUUGCCCAUUGCCGUGGCCUUCACAGAGUCGGUUAAUGCUUACUUCAAAGGAGCUGAUCCCACUAAGUGCAUUGUGAAGAUCACAGGAGACAUGACUCUGUCGUUCCCCAUGGGCAUCAUCAAGGUGUUCACCACCAACCCUUCCCCGGCCGUCCUCACCUUCAAACUGAAGAACACCAGCAGGUUGGAGCAGAUCCUACCCAACCAACAGCUUUUAUACAGUGAUCCUUCCCAGAGUGACUCGAAUUCCAAGGACUUCUGGUUCAACAUGCAAGCACUGACGUCCUACCUCAGAAAAGCCUCAGAUCAGAAUCCUUCAGCUUCCUACUAUAACGUGGACAUCCUGAAAUACCAGGUGCUGUCUGACGGGAUCCAUUCCACUCCUCUAAACCUGGCCGUGUACUGGAAGUGUACACCGAGCACAACAGACCUGAGGGUCGACUACCGCUACAACCCAGAUUCCAUGUUCUCUCCUUGGCCGCUCAGCAACGUACAGAUCUUAGUGCCCGUCGACGGAGGAGUCACCAACAUGCAGUCUCUGCCCAACUCCAUAUGGAAUUCAGAGCAGAAUAAGUGUUUGUGGAAGCUGAGCGACAUCUCAGAAAAGUUGGAAAAUGAAGGAGCCGGAUCUCUGAGGGCCAAGUUUGAGCUGUCAAACGGUCCAUCUAACCCCUCUACUCUGGCGGUGCAGUUUAUGAGUGAGGGAAGCACCCUGUCCGGAGUGGACAUGGAGCUACAGGGUGCUGGAUACAGACUCUCUCUCAGCAAGAAAAGAUUUGCCACAGGACGUUACAUGGCAGAUUGCUGAGGUGACCCACCACUCUGGUUCUCAAGAAAGAAAAACACAAAACUUGUCAACUCUGCAACGCCUCCUGAACCUCUGGAUCCAUCAGCUGUGCUUUGCCCCGGGAGGCGAGAAUCUCACUACAAUAAAACAGCACUGAGUAUUGAACACUGUUAAAAAAAAUAAAUAAAAGAAAACUAAGAUGAGCUUUCAGGAACUGUGUAGAUAUGAAGUCUAAUAAUGAUUUCUGAUCAAUUCACUUUUGUAUAGUCAGAAACAAUUUAUGGAUUAGAUAUAAAUCUAUAUUGUAUUUGAAAUCAUAAAAAAAAAAAAAAAAAAGAAAAAAAAAGUGCACUAACAAUCUUUCAGACGCUCUUUUUCCUCUUAUACUCAUUUUUCAAGAGCCAAUAAUGAAUAUCAAACAAACCCAUAUCUGUGUGGAAGAGAGGAGAAGGUUCCUCCCUCCCUCUCUCUCUCUCUCUCUCCGCCUGAACUGUAAAUAAUAACACUGAAUAUUCUUCUCGACCAGCUCUGACUCAGCUCUCAAAUCAGUUUUUCUUCUCACAAUUUUAUGUUUUUGAUCAUGUGCAAUGAAGCCAUGAAGGUGAAUCUGUCUUAAACGGUGUGAAUCCUCGCUCACACUCUUAUGACACAGGCUUGAUCUUUAAAAGAACAUUGAAGUGCUUUCAAACAAAUGCAAAAAUCUGACCUCAGUGCCUCAUCUUAUACUGUGGAUCAAUAGGCAACAAAAGUGCAUCAAUGUUGAAAAAAACCCAGAUUUGGGUUUCCAGAUUUAAGCUACAUGUCUCUGUGGUAUAAUGCAUGGAGUUUUUUUUUUUAACAAUCACCCCUAAUGGGGUCUGUGAUCAGUGUGGUCUUUUUAAAAUUUAACUUUUUUCCCCUUGUAAAUUCCCCAUUUGGUUAUGGCUUGUCUUUUUUUUUUUUUUUUUUACAUUUUAAGCCCUUAAUUUUUAUUCUUCCUUAAAAAAAAAAAAAAAAAAAAGCUCAGAAAUCUUGACUGUAAAAUGUUGUGUCAAAUGUUAGAUGCUUUAAAAAAAAAAAAGAAAAAGAAAAAUCAAGGGACAUUACCCCAAAACUCGUAGCCUUUGUUUUUUUAACUGGCAGUUUUUUUUUAAUCAUACUUCUGUGCCCUACUAAUGGAGAAAUGUGCCUGAAUCUAACUUUUCUCUACUUUUUUUGUAUACUACAGCACAGUCAAUGAGCAUAGCACCAACAAUGUGCCAGUUGUCUUUUUUUUUUUUUUUUUUUUUUUACACCUUUAUUUGGAUAUUGAAGGGAAAAAGUCUCCUCUUUUUAAAGCCAACUGUCUUCCAGAAACAAAUUAGUCAUGUUUGCCUUCUGUGUUGAGUUUGAUCAUUGAACUCUUUUUUUUUUUUUUUAUUGUCUUUUUCUAUUCAAUACUCAUCAAUAGACCUCAACCUCUCAUACACUCACUGUGCAGUAGAUGAUGUUAGUGAACAGUAGCACAAGAAGGCCAAAUUAAUGAUUGAAAUGCCUCAUCACAACUACUCUACACUGAGUAAUCCAGUGUUGUUGACUGUGGUUAGAUAUUGUAACACAGUAUUGCCAAUGCCCCGUGAUAAGCAACCUGUCCUGCCUUUGACCCAGUGCAUGCUGGGAUACUCUUCAGCCUUUUGUAACUAUAAACAGCACAAGCAGAUAUAGAUAAUGAAUGGUUUCACUCUUGGUGCUUUAUUCUUGUCUUUUUCUAAAUGAGGGCUGCUGCGGUCCAGGCUGUUGUACUUCCAGAUGGAGUAUUUUCUGUUGUGCAGGACAUGUUUUCAUUGACCUCAUCCUUGCGAUGAUCCGUGAUGUGUUGGUAUGUGAUGAUGUCUGGAGAUGCAAUAAGUUGCCUGGAAGCUGUGAUUGAAAAGGGCAGGAGUUUCAUACACUGUGCAUCAUUUGGCCAACUGACCUCUGAAAUCAGAUUUUAAGGAAACAACCUUUCACACCAGGCUUAUGUUUUAUCCUCAGUGCUAUUAAACACGGCUCUAGUAGCUACAGGUGAUUUAAAAUCAUAUCCAUAUUUAAUUCUUUUAUUGUCUCACUUGGAAGCUGUUGGAAACCCAUGAUUCAUUUGAUUUCAGUCAUCAUAUCUGGCCAGGGUAAUUAUAUGUAAUCAUCAAAUUUUUAAAGUUUUUAAUCUUUUGUAUGAUUCUUCUAGAACCUGGUUUAAGACUCAAUCCUUUAAUAACAAUUUAGAGUCAGACACUUACUGUCUGUCGAACUUAAAUUUUGCAUUUGACGCUGAACUUUAAUCAGCCAAAUGCUGGAAGGUAGCUGAAAUGAAUGAGUUUACAUGAAAUCCUGAAAUUGUAGCACCAGACAUUUGUACAGCAAGAAAUCAACAUGUUACUCUGUGUUUUCUCUUAAUUAAUUAUAUCAAUGGUUUUCGUAAAAUGAACCAAAUGCUUUUAAAAAUAGGAAAAAAAAAAAGACAACACAGAUUCUGUUAUUAUAUUCAGUAUUAGCAAGCUGGUUCUUGCUGUCCCCACAUAACUUCCAAAAUAAAAUUUUCAAGGCUCCUUUUUCAGUCACUUUCACUUCCUGUCUUUAUAUGUUCUAUUAAACAGAGUUUAAAAAGAGCAAAAUUGUGUAAAUGAUUCUCAUAAAUUGUACAUUUUUACCAAUAUCUCAGCCACUUUUUGUCUUUACUUUGAUUUCUCAUUGUGCCUGUAUUAAAUGUGUAAUAUAUGAAUAUAUACAAAUAUAUGAAAAUGACUACUUUAA